GAAGGAUUUUCCUGGAAUGUGGGAGAAACAGGACGAAAUGGAUGAGUAAAAUAAAUGUUAAAUGAAGCAUAAUGUGGAAAAAACAACAGACAUUAGGACUUGUGAGAUAAGUAAUAAAGUCGAGUUAAAAAAAUGAAGGCAACCUCCCUCUAAGACUGGCCCCUCCUGGCCGAGGAGACAUGUGCGAGUCUGCACGUAGCACACUUCUAGUCUUGUAGUCAUACUGCAUACCUCUAGUCCUCUAGUCCUCUAGUCCAUGUCCUCCAGCCCUGCAGGACAGGAGACGUCCAUCAGUGCAGCCAGACAUCUCAUCUAAUAACACUGGCACACUUGCCCACUGCCACGAUGCUCUUUUUCAGGAAGUUGCUGCCCUGUUGGUGUCUCCUGUUGCUGAGCUGCCGGACAACGCUUUCAGCCCAUGACUUCUUCACCUCCAUAGGCCAGAUGACAGACCUGUUGCUCACCGAGAAAGACCUUGUCACCGCCCUCAAAGACUACAUCAAAGCUGAGGAGAGCAAGCUGGAGCGGAUCAAAAAGUGGGCUGAAAAGUUAGAAGCUCUGACGAUCGCUGCAGCACAAGACCCAGAGGGCUUCCUGGGCCACCCCGUCAAUGCCUUCAAGCUGAUGAAGCGGCUGAACACUGAGUGGGGCGACCUGGAGAGCCUCGUACUCAGUGACACCACCGAUGGUUUUAUUUCCAACCUGACCAUCCAGAGGCAGUACUUCCCCACGGACGACGACCAGACCGGGGCGGCCAAAGCUCUCCUUCGUUUGCAAGACACAUAUAAACUGGAUUCCAACACCAUCGCUACAGGAAACCUGCCUGGAGCUACGCACAAGACUCUUAUGACCGCGGAGGACUGUUACGAGCUGGGAAAGAUCGCCUACACGGACGUUGACUAUUACCACACGGAGCUGUGGAUGGCACAGGCCCUGAAACAGCUGGACGGGGGAGAAGAGUCCACUGUGGAUGCGGUGACGGUGCUGGACUACCUCAGCUACGCCAUCUACCAGCAGGGGGAGAUGGAGCGAGCUCUGGAGUACACCAAGAGGCUACUUGAACUGGAUCCAGAGCAUCAGCGAGCCAAAGGCAACGUGAAGUACUUUGAGUUCCAACUGGAGAAGCAGAGGAAUGCGUCGAAAGAUGACGCUAACAAACAGAAAGAGCCCGAGAAGAAAGAGACAGCAGAAAAGAAGCCAAAGGAGAAGAAGGACAAGAAGGCCUUCAGUCUGAUCCCUGAGAGGAAGAAGUAUGAAAUGCUGUGUCGCGGAGAAGGCAUCAAAAUGACCCCACGUAGGGAGAGCCGGCUCUUCUGCCGUUACUAUGACAACAAUCACAACCCCUUCUAUGUGGUGGGACCGGUCAAGCAGCAAGACGAGUGGGACCGUCCGUACAUCGUCCGCUUCCUUGACAUCAUCUCUGCCAAAGAAAUUGAGAAGGUCAAACAGCUGGCAAAGCCGAGGCUACGCAGGGCCACCAUCUCCAACCCCACCACGGGAGUGCUGGAGACGGCGCACUACAGGAUCAGUAAAAGGCGAGCCACGGUGCAUGACCCCAAAACCGGGAAGCUUACCACAGCCCAAUACAGAAUCUCCAAGAGUGCAUGGCUCACAGCCUACGAAGAUCCCGUCGUCCAAACCAUCAAUCAGAGGAUUGAGGAUCUCACAGGCUUGGAAAUGGACACGGCAGAAGAACUGCAGGUUGCAAACUAUGGCGUCGGCGGCCAAUACGAGCCUCACUUUGACUUUGGCAGGAAAGACGAGCCGGAUGCGUUUAAAGAGCUGGGAACUGGCAACCGCAUCGCGACGUGGCUCUUCUAUAUGAGUGACGUGUCAGCAGGUGGCGCCACAGUAUUCCCAGAUGUGGGAGCAUCAGUUAGGCCUCAAAAGGGUACUGCUGUGUUCUGGUACAAUCUCUUCCCCAGCGGGGAGGGAGACUACAGCACACGGCAUGCAGCUUGCCCUGUGUUGGUGGGCAAUAAGUGGGUAUCAAACAAGUGGAUUCAUGAACGAGGCCAGGAGUGGCGGCGACCAUGUGGCCUAAAUGAGACUGACUGAUGAAAGCAAGAAAGCAAGCUCGGGUUCGAACCCUGCAGACCAUCACAAUGGAUGCCCGAGCUCAAACACUCCCCUUUUUCUUGCGUGCCUCUUUCACUCCCUGCUGGUAAUCAUUGUGGCAUUCACUCCUUCUUGGACCUUUACACUUCACACGGCCACAUUUAUUACUGCAUGCGUAAAGCAGAGGUCCCCAACCUUUUUCAAACCACAGGCCCACUCCUCUCUGUCAAACGGGCGAGGCGAGCUUGGAGUAAUCACAAAGUCAUCUCGUGCAAUUGUUUUAGUAGUGCCAAUGGCAGCAUCUUCAGCGCUAAGGAACUUGGUAUAUUAGCAUGCCUGGAAGCAACAGCAGGGUUCCCACGGGUCAUUGAAAAGUUUCAAGUCAUUCAAUUGAUUUAGCCAAAAUAAAAGCCUUAAAUGGCAUUGAAAAUCAUUAAAUAUAAUGUCCAGAGGCAUUAAAUAUAAUGUCCAGAGGCAUUAAAUAUAAUGUCCAGAGGCAUUAAACAAUGAUUACGAUUGCAGAUGGCAACAAAAAAGACCACCCGACCCGUAAAAGCUGCACUUCAACAAAUAUCGAGAGUCCAUUUAAUUUCUGUUUGUUUACCUAUAAUUAAGUUAUUAACCUUCCAAUUACAAAGGUUAAAUUAUAGUAAUGAUUGCGUUUAAAAUGUUUACUUGCAUCUUUAAUAUAUGGCAGGAUUACAUGUGUGCUUCAUUGGGCUACUUUUCAACA